UGUUGGAUACAAUGGCAACAAUAGCAGGAUAUGAACUCAUGCCUCAACUGCAGUCUCGUCACCCGAAAACAUGUGUUUAGCCACUUGUGCCACUGUGACUUUCACGCUGGAUUUUGCCGUUUGGGCCACUUUGUUGGAUAUAAUGGCAACAAUUUAAUGUUAGCAAUAGUGGGAUUUGAAUCCAUUGCCUCAAUUGCAGUCUCACUACCAGAGAACAUGUGUUUAGCCACUUGUGCCACUGUGACUUUCACGCUAAGCGUUGGCGUUUGGACCAUUUUGUUGGAUAUAAUGGCAACAAUUUAAUAUCAGCAAUAGUUGGAUUUGAACCCAUGCCUCAAUUGCAGUCUCGUCAUCAGAGAACAUGUGUUUAGCUGCUUGUGCCACUGUGACUUUAACACUGAAAGUUGCCGUUUGGGCCACUUUGUUGGAUAUAAUGCCAACAACGUAACAUAUGCAAGAGUUGGAUUUGAACUCAGGUCUCCAUGAUCAAAGCACAAUGUCUUAUCACCCGAGCCACUGAGCCCGUUGAGCCGACAUAAGUUUUGGAACUUUAUUUCACUGUUAACCUGCAUGUGACCUGUGAUUUUUACCGUAAACUAGUUAAAGAUCAUGGAGAGGAGAUUUGAACCCAUGCCUCUAUCGCAGUCUCGUCACUAGAGAACGUGCUUAGCCACUUAUGCCACUGUGACUUUCUCUUGUAACUUUGGCAUUUGUACCAUUUUGUUGGAUAUAAUGCCAACAAAUUAAUGUUAGCAAAAAAGUGUGUCUUGGAUGGGGUUUUAUUGAGAACCUUGUUUCAUAUGAUGACAAAGUUUAGUAGUUGUAAGAUUUGAACCAGAGUUUCCAUAUAUGAAAGUCAAGUGAUCAGCCACAGAGCUUAGAUAAUUUUAUCUUAAGUUCUUUUAGUCCUUUUGAACUAUAGGUUUAUUAUUAUUAUUUAUGCUUUGGCAUUGUCAUCUUAAAGUACAGGUAAAGAACGUGAAUCUAAUUAAAUGUCUAAUAAGCUAAUAAAUCAUACUGGUAUCAGGCCUGUAUUUCAUACAUCCUUGAAGUAGACAGUAAAAUUUAAUGUAGGAUCAUGCAAUUAACAAUAAACAGAAUGAUAAACAGAAUUAUAACCCUAUAAUUAUAAAUAACAUUUAACAUUUCCCAUAAGCACCCACGGCUUGAACAGACAUGCCUAUUUAAAUUUUCGUCAACCACAGCCAAUCACAAUUUAUUUUACCAUAUAAUGCACAAUAUUGACUAUAGGCUUAGGUUAAUUAUAAUAUUGUACAGAUUAAAAAAAAAACAGUCUAGUUAUCAUAACCUUCAGUCCAAACUCACUGAGAAUGGAUAACAUAUUUAAAUUGCACUGAACUAAUUAGCUUAAUUAAUGUCACCUGUCAAAAAAGGUGAACCCACUAAAAUUCUAUAAACAGAGUUACUAUUAUUGUUUAUUAAUGUAAAACUACAAUGAAAAUGGGACCAGCUUUAAACUGUGCAAGAAUAGUUUUUAUUUCUUUUAUUUAUGGCAGUUUUACAGUACAGCAGUUUUUUGUAAGAGCUUAUUCUUUCUUUUUUUUUUUAAACAUACGUUCUUAUUACAAUUUAUUUUUAUGUUAAGACACAUUCCACUUGAUAUGAAAUUAGUGCAGUGUAACAUGUUCAUCACAUCCUCCACCAGAGGGAGACAUUACACCACAGGAGCCCUCUGUAUGUUUUGUGUGGUCACAAUAGAUUGACAAUUAACUGAGCUAAAUUAACACAUUUUAGAAAACAAUAUUUCAACUUUUAAAUCUUCAUUUGCAAAUUCUUAACACAAAACAGAUUAAUCCAAAACAAACAAACAAAGGAAGACAUAUAUGCAGAUUUAAUAAAGUCUACAUAAGCAUGCAGGUGUGAUGUAGCUGUUUUACACAUUUAUAGAUGUAAACAAGGCAUUUUUGUACAUUUAUACAAUUAUAUUAUUCUUUUUUAUAGUGUGUACAUCUACAGCAAGUCAACCAGGCUGAACCAGCGGUACUUAAAACAACAGAACGUGAAGCAGGAGUGACGCUGCUGAAAUAGAUCGGGCUCUCCAGGACAAGACAGAAAGAAAAACAUGCCUCAUUUGUCAAAGCCAGACAAAGCCCCACAGACCUUAAAGUGGGCAAUUCAAAAUUCUGAAGGCUGGACUUCUGCUUUCCAGCCUGUCUUCUCUGAUCUCCAGUCAUCCGAGAGGCUUCUGCCAGCCUGCGAGCUGUCAAAGUAGCCCUGGAAUCAAACGCCACUCCAUGCUCAGCUAUGAUCAAAGGAACACAGGUUCAAGAUGUCCUGUAUGUAAAAUAGAGACUUCCCAUUUGCACGCGGUUCCAUGGACGAAGAAAAAGAGGAAAUAGAUAAAGAUUUAUAUCGGACCAAGUCUUGCUGAUCUUGCCGGCAAACUAAUAGCAAGAGAACAACCGCUGACUUCAUAGAACAUAAAACACGCCUGAAGCAGACAAUCACAGCGUGCAGCCUUAGGAAUCCAGCAAUGUUUCAGUCAUUCUCUGGUGUUCAAGCAGCCCCUGCGACUAAUGUAGCAAACCUGCAGAACCAGUGGGCCCCGGGGCCCUCGUUCUCCUCCUGCUCCUACCCCUACCACACCAACCCGAACCCAGGUCCCUACCACAGCAAACAGCCCUCAACCUGGCCUUGGAACCGAUGGAAGGUUCAAAGUCAUUUGGAAAACUCCAAGUACCACCUCCACCAGACCCAGGCCCAGCAGGUCAAACAAUACCUAACUUUGGGCAGCAAACUUGCUAGUCAGGCCCACCCGGUCGCCCAUCCUCACCCGGGCCAGGCCCUGGGCACGGUGCCUGUCAUGCGCAAUGGACACAUGCCGCCCGUGAGCGACAGCAGCACGCCAGGAAGCCCAGUCACCUUGCUCUCGCUGGCCAACAAUCACGACAGCGAGUUUCCUAUGGAUGAAGUUAUUGAUGAUCUUAUUGGCCUUGAAACCGGUUUCAAAGAUGGGGGUUUGGAUUGUAUGGAGCCAGGUAUCAUAAUGCAAAAUAAUGUGUCACUGAACAACAGCAUGCUGGAGGUGUACGGCGGUGACCAAGGUAUGACUGCCGCUCACGGUGGACUGACACCCUCAUUGCCCACAAAGCUCUCAGUUAAAAUGGAAGUCACAGAACACGACACCAGAGUCAUGGCCAAAGAGAGACAGAAAAAAGACAACCACAAUCUAAUUGAAAGACGACGGCGAUACAACAUCAACUACAGGAUCAAGGAGCUCGGAACGCUGAUACCGAAAUCAAAUGACCCUGAUAUGCGCUGGAACAAAGGGACGAUCCUCAAGGCCUCGGUGGAAUACAUUAAGUGGCUACAGAAAGAGCAGCAGCACGCCCGUGAUCUCGAGAGCCGGCAGAAGAAACUAGAACAGGCCAACAGAAGACUCCAGCUACGAAUCCAGGAAUUGGAAAUCCAGGCUCGUGCUCAUGGUCUGCCCAGUAUGGCUGCAUCUAUGGGAGCGGUUGAACUUUCAUCCCAUCUCCUAAAGCAGCACCAGACCCAAGUCACACCGGCCCCUCCGAGCGCCCAGGUCCCACCGCAGCCAGGCCAACCACCCCUCUACCCUCAGGAGGACAUGAGCAGUUCAGAAUACACCCAGCGGACACCCUUGCCGGCGGCCAUGGUUGCGGGGAACGCCGGAGAACAGACCGACGGCUCCACCACCUUCUCCGAUCCUCUCUCCCACUUUACUGACUUCUUCUGCAGCACCUUGAAAGAAGAGCACCGGCUGGAUGAGAUCCUGAUGGACGACGCUCUCUCGCCCUUCGGGACCGACCCACUCCUCUCCGCCGGAUCGCCCGCAGCGUCCAAAGGGAGCAGCCGCAGAAGCAGCUUUAGCUCAGAGGAAGCAGACGAGCUCUGACCAUCCGGAUGCCGACCUGCAACACCUGUGUAACUGACCUCCCCAUUUCCAUUGGAUUACAAAGACGACGGGGAACUCAUCCCAACAUCUUACGCCAAUGUUGAGUCAGACACAUCAAAAAAGGGAGAUUGACUGAUUGAUCUACUGACAUUGACCUACUGUACAGAUAAAGGACUGUCUAUACAGCAAUAACACUGGUUACAUAUGAUCACUGGAUCACCAAAUGUAUAUUUCUGAAACUUAAUGGCAUUGUUGAGAUGGACCAGUUUAAAGAGAGAAAUCUUUUUGUGCCUUAUCCAAAGCAGGCUAACUUUAUUACCACUGAGACGAGAAGCGAUGCAGAUGUAAUUAUGCUAGGCAAAAAAACCUAACACAUCUUUGUUUCAUACAUAAUGUAUUUUUCCAGAAACAUGCUGUUCAAGUAUUUAUGUUUUAAUCCCUGUAUUCUUAAAAAAAAAAAAAAAAAAAAAAAAAAAACAUUUCUUAUUCUAACAUUUUACUUUUAUAUAUAACUCUAGGGGUGUGGGAAAACACAAUAAACCCCUUUUUGAUAAACUAAA